ACUUCCUCGGACUGCACAUCCAACCCUAAGCAAACAGCCAUGAACACCAAGAUUGUAGUAUUCAUCUGCCUGGUGGGCGUUGCCACCGCGAGCGUAGUAGCUCCGGUACCAGUAGCACGAGUCGACCCCCUACCUCAAUACUCCUUCGGCUACGACGUCCAAGACGCCUUAACUGGGGAUUACAAAGGACACCAGGAACACAGGAAUGGAGAUCUCGUGACUGGCUCAUAUACCGUCGUCGAUCCUGACGGUACCAGGAGGAUUGUGGAUUACGCUGCUGAUCCUUUGAACGGAUUCAACGCUGUUGUUCGCCGUGAGCCUCUAGUUGCCCCUGUUGCCGCUAAAGUUGUGGCACCAGCACCUGUUGUCGCGCCUGCACCCGUUGUUGCACCUGCACCUUUACUUGCGCCUGCCCCAGUAGCACAUGCUCCAUUGUUUGCUCCUGCCCCUGCUCCAAUAAUCGCCCGUGCACCAGUUGCCCCAGCUCAUUAUGCUACAGCACAUUAUGCGCCCGCGCAUUAUGCACCAGCGCAUUACGCCCCAGCUCCAGUUGUGAGGGCGCCUCUCUUCGCUCCCGCCCCAGCACCUCUAUACGCCCCCAGAUUAGCCAGUCCUUACUGGUAGAUGAAUUAUUACAAUUUUCUUGUUGACUGCUUGUAUAUACCUAUUAUCAUUAAGGAUUUUUCUACUUAAAUGUUAUU